AUGGCUCGCACAGUAAGGCAGCUGAAAAAGGCAGCUCGAAUUAUCCUUGUUGGGGCCCCCGGCGUUGGAAAAGGGACCCAGACUGAACGGUUGAUCAAGAGGUAUCCCCAACUCGCAUCCAUCAGUUCAGGGGACCUUCUUCGAGAGAAUGUCCGCAGCAAGACACCACUAGGCCUCAAAGCGGAAUCCACCAUUCUCGCCGGAGAUCUUGUCCCUGAUAACCUCAUCCUCGAUCUCAUAUCCUCCGAACUCUCUUCGAAGGGAUGGCUCACCGACCCUCCUACUGCCACCAAUUCCACCCCAAUCCUAAACCCCAACGCCUCCUUCAUCCUCGACGGCUUCCCUCGCACAGCAACCCAAGCCACAUCCCUCGACAGCUUAAUCCCCAUAAACCUAGUCGUCCACCUCCUCACACCCCCCGCCAUUAUAAUCUCCCGCAUAGCCUCGCGCUGGGUCCACGCGCCGUCCGGUAGGGUUUACAAUACCCAAUUCAAUGCGCCCAAGGAACCAGGAAAGGACGACGUGACAGGUGAGCCGCUGGUGCAGAGGGCGGAUGAUUCGAUUGAGACGUGGAAGCAGCGGUUGAGGAAGUUUGAGGAGACGAGUCGGUCGUUGCUAGAACAUUAUGAGCGGCGUGGAUGUUUGUGGCGUGUCGAGGGGGAGAGUAGUGAUGAGAUUAGUCCGAAGUUGUUUGCGGAGAUUGAGCGGAGAUUUUCGUAA